ACAGCCCGAGAGACACACACGGAGCAGGACCCUACGGAGCAUGAUAGCUCAAGGCAUCUCGGGGCUCAUGCGACCCUUGCUAAGUGGACUGAAUGUGAGGAAAAUCAGCUUUAUUUCUCCCUGUGGGGUGACCAAGCAGCAUCACACACCAGCUAAGCAGGGGUCAGAAAGACACUUCAGCUCCACGCACAAGCUCCAGGAUGCCCCUGGGGAAUCGAGAUCUGCGGACCAGGUGACGGUGCAUUUCAUAAAUCGGGAUGGAGAGCGACUCACGGCCACAGCCAAAGAAGGGGAGAGUUUGCUGGAAGUGGUGGUCAAUCAAAAUUUGGCCAUUGAUGGAUUUGGUGCCUGUGAAGGGGCAUUAGCCUGCUCCACCUGUCACCUUAUCUUCGAGAAGGACACCUUCCAAAAGCUGGAUGCCAUCUCAGAUGAAGAGCUGGACAUGCUGGACCUGGCCUAUGGACUCACUGAGACGUCUCGCCUUGGCUGCCAGGUGUGCCUUAAGAAGUCGAUGGAUGGUCUGACGGUGCGGGUCCCUCUGGAUGUAUCGGACAUCAGGAGGCAGGUGGAGGUUGGAAAACAAAGCAAACAGUAACUGGGAACGACUCCUGCCCAACUCACCUCCUCAUUUUAGGUGUGGGAGGGUACUUUGCUUGAGGUUCACACUAUUGCUCCUUGUGGCUGGCUCGCAGUGGACCAUAGAGGUCUGAUUCAGUGUAGAUGCCUGUUUGUCGAAUCUCUUCUUUAAACAAAGCUUAAUGCUAGGACCUUUGCUUCAUGUUUUAAGUUAAGUGCUUAAGUUCUCUGCUGAAUGGA